ACUGUCUGGAUCUCCAGCGGGAAUGGCAGUGUCCUGCAGUCCUUUGCCUACGGGGCCUCUCGGGAGGAAGGUGGCACCGUCUGCACCAUCUCCCUUCUCUCCAACAACCCUCUAGCAGAGGGAGAACUCGCCUGCCAUGUGGGGGCCAACAGGACCUCCCCAUCCCACAGCUCCAGCCCCAUCCACAUCACGGGCUAUGAGGAAGCAGCAGAGCUGUGUCCUGGUAGCACAGCUGUGUCACCAGCCCAUGCCUUGGCAGCCCUGCUCACGGCUGUGCGGGUGGUGCUGCUGAAGGUCAUGCUCUCUGAUGUCCUCCUCACCUCCAUCCUUCUCGCCCGGAGCUGA